AUAAAUAAAUAAAUUGUUAUAAUUGAAGAGUGUUUCUCUUCGGUUUUUAUCCGAGUGAUACAAAAUGAAUCAUCUGCAAACAUGGUAUAUUUUAUUUUAUUGCAAGGAUGGUUGGUUGUCUUCAGCGUCUUUGGCAACAAUGCCUGGCUUCGUUGACACAUACAAAGUUGAUUUAGUUGAUCCUUACUUUGGAUUCAAGUCAUGGAAUGAUUUCUUUACCAGAAAAUUGAAAAAUAACCAAGUUCGUCCGAUCGCUGAGCCUAAUAAUUCAUAUGUGAUCUGUUCUCCCUGUGAUUCCAUUCCAUAUUCCAUCGAGAAAAACCCAAAGCUCCGAGAUCAAUUUUGGAUCAAGUCACAGCCGUACAGCUUAGAACAUCUGCUCGAUGAUGAAGCCUUGGCCGAGAAAUACGUGGGUGGCACUGUUUUUCAAGCUGUUCUCCAUCCUACCUACUACCAUCGCUGGCAUGCACCAGUUGAUGGUACAAUAACGAAGGCAAACAUUAAGCAAGGCGCGUACUAUGCAGAAGCUCUCUCGAUGGGUUAUUAUCCAGCACAUAAUACUCAUGCACAACGUUACAUCGUUCACCUGAAUACCCGAGCCAUAAUCCACAUUGAUACAGGAAAUCCAAAUAUUGGUACCGUAAUCUUUGUUGCAGUUGGAAUUUAUGAAGUCUCGAGUUGUCAUAUUGAGGUAUAUUAUGGGCAGAAAGUGAAGAAAGGUGAUCUUCUAGGCACCUUCCAGUUUGGUGGAUCCACAUACUGCCUCCUGUUUCAAAAGGGUGUGGAAAUUACAUUUGGUGCUGAACUACCAGAUGGAAAAUUGAAAACUGGUCUGCAAUUUGUCAACAGUGCUAUCGGUACAGUCGUAAUUCCAGCACACGGCAAUAAUUACUUGUCAAACGGUAGAAAUUAACCAGCAUGAUCAUUUUGUUAACAUUAGUGAAAUAUAUAGUUGAACAGAAAUUUUGGUAGAGUGAUUCUUUGAUAGUGAAUUGUGGUUGAAACACGGUCAAACAAAACCGGUUUAGACAUUAUGAUGUAUUAGGAACUGUAGUUAUGAGAUUUAUUUUUUAGCCUUACGCACCGAGAAAUUACUGAAAUAGUAACGAACAUUAUUAUAUAAAGUAUAGUGCUUUAUAGAGAUUUCGAGCACUGAUAAAAGUGAUAAUCUCACAUGUGAGAUUAUUCAUGAUAAUCUCACAUGUGAAAAUUAUCGCUUUUCAAUUCUCGCUUUUCUGUAAAAAUUAUCGCUUUUCAAAGACUGUCCUUUAUAUAAUAAACAGAAAAAUACAUGGGUGCUUGGAAGUACCAGAUUUAUUUUUCGUGUUGAACAUGAUAUCUCGCUCGUUCGCUGCGCUCACUCGUGAGAUAUCAUGUUCAACACUCGAAAUAAAUCUGGUAUUUCCGCGAACCCAUGUAUUAUUACCUCCGCCAGGAGGUUAUGUAAUCAUCUGGGUUUGUACGUGUGUAAUACUAUGUGUGUGUGUGUAUGUGUGUAUGUGUGUAUUUGUGUGUGUUUGUCUGUGAGCACGAUAACUCAAGAAAUACCAACCAUAUUCAUACAAAAUUUUUUGAAUGCAUUUCCCAUUGACUAAGGAAGAAAUGGAUUAAAAUUUGGUUGAAUUUGGUUAAAAAUUGAAAGAGAGGUAUACAAAAUUUUGUCUUGCUUUUCCCGGUCAAUUAAAAAAAAACUCAUUGAAUGCGUAACUAGAGGGCACUCGAAGACUGCAUACCUCCGCCCGCAUUGAAUUUCAGUCGUGUGAAAUGCAACUAAGACAAUAGAUAACGAAGGCUGAAGCUUAAUGAGGUUUAUCAUCUCAUUAUUGGCUUAGUACUGCGUGCAUCGGCAUUAUACACGUCCUAAUUACGCAUUCAGUGAGUUUUUUUUAAUUGAUCGGGAAAUUUUGUUCAUUUCUCGUUCAAUUUUAACCAAAUCCAACCAAAUUUUAAUCAGUUCUUCCUUAGCCGAUGGGAAAUGCAUUAAAAAAAAUCUCGUAUGAAUAUGUUUGGUAUUUCUUGAGUUAUCGUGCUCACAGAUAAACACACACACAUACAUACACAUACAUACAAACCCAGAUGAUUACAUAACCUCCUGGCGGAGGUAACAAACCCAGAUGAUUACAUAACCUCCUGGCGGAGGUAAUAAUUAGGACGUGUAUAAUGUAUGCACGCAGUACUAAGACAAUAAUGAGAUGAUAAACCUCAUUAAGCUUCAGCCUUUGUUAUCUAUUGUCUUAGUUGCAUUUGACGCGACCGAAAUUCAAUGUCUAAAACAAGGCUUACGGAGUUACGCAUUAUUGCGUUCAGCAAAGUGGCAGUCCAUUCAAAUUCUAAUAACAUUAGAUUACUUCAAUACAGGUGUAUAAAAAAAACGCAACCUCGUAAUUUCCCAAGAAAUCGACAUUGUUUUAAAGACAAAAGAUUUUAGCUGCUUGGGAAUAUAAAAUAGCACAACUGUCAAAAUUACUGCACAUGCGAGUGCAUAAAGCAAAAUUUAUGCAUUUAUUUAAUGACACUUAAUAAGUUUUUAUUUUACAAGUACUGUACAGUACAACAACAGUAAUAUGUUCUAUUAGCAAUUCGAUUUCAAUUCGCGGGGGCCUAAAAUCUUUUAUGCUUAAGAAUUGCAAAGUGGAUUUCUUAGGAAAUUCCAAGGUUGCGUUUCAUUUCCGAGUAGCGGGCGGAGGUAUGCAGUCUCUGAGUGCCCUCUAGUUCUCUAUGUAAUUACUAUUCUGAUUGGAAUAUAUUACCAUAUAGCGGUGAAUAAUUUUUAUUUGAUUAUAAACUUCGUUGUUUUGUGGUCCUUUUGCCGGCGUCCAAAACUGCAAGUUUCAGUUUGACAGUUCUGACAGUUAAAUGGUUUCUAAUUUUAUUGUCCUCUCAGGUGCGUAGUUUUGAUUUAAAAUUCAAAACUACGCAUCUGAUUGGACAAUAAAAUUAGAAACUCAUUUAACUGUCAGAACUAUGAAACUGAAACUUGCAGUUUUUCACACGCCGCUUGCAACGAAUUGUGAUCACGAGAUACACAAAUAUGCAUGUCCUUCUUAAAAACGGUCGUUUCGCAGUUUACUGUGAACAAUAGUAAUAAUAAGGUUGUUUUUCUCGAUUUCUGCUUAGAAUAGAAACACAAUGAAGGAAUGACGUUUUCACUUGACUUAGAAUUAAAAAAUAGUUACUCUUUAGCAUUAAUUUGUUCAGGAAAUGGCUGACAAAAUUGGUAAAAUUCAUGGAAUGUAAAACUGUUGCUCGAAUGCCU